AUGUUGGAAAAAGACGAAAAUGGACAGUCCGGGGUGAUAACAAAUAACGGGGAGGCUCGGGCCCGCCCUCGAAACGCCUUCUGAUAACGGCUCUUCAUGUAUUUUACCGCGAGCCCCUCUGUCCUCCCCCGUCUUUUCCCUUUUUCUUUUCCCGAUAAGACUAUACGAAAUUCAAUUAAAAGUUUUUUCAGAUGUCUUUUUCAAUCGAGCCAGACUCCCAAGGUCCUUCUUCAAGUUCGGUUAGUUUGCUCAUUAGUUCUUGAAAUAUUAUUGAAGUUUCCAGCCACUGAGCGAAUCUUCAUCGCCUCCCAACUUGCAAGAAAUCCUUCAGAAUCUCUCAAUGAGCAAUCCUAAUGGUAAUUCCUACUUAUUUUAAAACUUACAAAUCAUUUUGAGGUGUCCCAAUGAUGCAAAACUUCAUGCCUCCGCAGAAUCCACUGGCGAUGCCACCGUUGGCUUUCAACCCGUUCCUCAUGCUCAACCCUAUGAUCAAUCAUCAGCUUCUUCAACAGGUAGAAAACUGGUGUAUAUUCUUAGUUUGAGAUUCAGAAUGAUGAAGCUGAGGUCUAGAAGAUACUGGGUAGGAAGAAGGAUUUUGAUGAGAUUUUCGGUUUCAUCAGAAGUUUUUUGAGUUCCAUCCUUUUGAAGACAAAAGUCUUAAAGACUUUAAGUGAGUAAAACUUUUUUAACAGAUCUAUUAGAUAAAAUCGGGCUGACAUUCGGGAUAAGUAGGAAAAUUCCCAUCUGGUUGAGAUAGUCUUAUCAAAAAACUAGACUGCGACCAAAGACCAUUUAUGAUAAGUCUGACGAAGCCAAGAAGUAGAAGUAGUACAAAUAGGUCCAGACAAACUAAAACAAGUCUUAGAAGAAAUAUAGGUCCAGUAAAACAAAGAAAAUCAGAGGAACCCAGAAUCUUCAGCCAAACUGAUGCAGCGGAACUGGACCAAGUUGGAUAGGAACUUCUAGCCAAACCCAUACAACGAAUCUGGGAUCAGAGAAGAAGCCUAGGCUCACAAAAUCAGAAAAUCAGCCGAACCAAUCAUCUUUCGUAGACCUAGGCCAGAGUAACAGAACCCAUGAUCAUAAUCUUUAGCUUUCCACAGCUCUAUUCUCAUGUAAAGUCAACUAACCUUCUAGGAGAUUUUCGAAUAAACAAAAAAAAAAACGGAAAUCCAGUUCAAUUCCUAUCAAAACUGCAAUCUUCAGGUCCUCGCUGCCAUGACACUUAACAGCGGUCUCGCUGGCUCUUCGAGUUCCUUGGAAGAGCCUCCAAAGGUCCGUCGUGACCAUCGCUUCGAGAUGAAGAAGUCGGCGUCGCUGGACUGCGACGACGCGCCUUACGACAACAUGGGUGACGUCAUCAUCCCCAGCAGCGACAAAGAAGGUAAGAUUCUGAAGGGCUUCUCGAUGAAAACUGAAGACUUCAGGUUGGUGCCGUAACAAGAAGUACAUCGAGAAGACGGAGACUGGAUUCAUGUGCACGGUCUGCAAGAAGGUGUACGGUCGGUACAACUCGGUGUCCUACCACGUCACCAUCUACCACCGUAACCCGCCGAUCAGGUGGGUAUUGACUCCUUUCACUUUCAACGAAAAUUAUGAAAUUUGGUGGAACGUUUCGAGUUAACACUUAAACAUUUCUUAAGUGAUCACUAGAACACUAGAAGAUGGAACCACUUACUGAAAGAUUCUUUCUUUGCAAGUAAGGCCUUGAGAGGCGCUAAAAUCAUUUUGUGAUCCCCGGAUUGGCUCAGAAAAGCGUGGAAGAUUUCUAUAGGAAAUAGAGCUCUUUGACCCUCUUAUUUCCUCAUUCUACUUCUUUAAUAGUGCUGAGAUCUUCAUUAAGCCAUAAUUGAAUGGUCUAUACUGGAGAUUCACGGAAAAUCUUCAGAUGUACCAUGCCGAACUGUCAAUUCACCACGCGCGAGGCUCGUUACAUCCACUUCCACAAGUACUAUCGGCACGGGAUUCCGCUGCCGCAGAGCAUCGACCAAGGUCUGCACUUUUUAUCAAUUCGUACUUUGAAACCGAAAGUUUCAGGCUCACGCAAGUGUCCGCACUGUCGACACGUCUCCAAGAGCCCCGCCAUGCUCGAGAAGCACAUCCGAAGGCAUCAGAUCAAGUAAGAAUGAAGAAUAAACGCAGCGAAGAAAAAAAAUUAGACGCUACCUGUAGCGAUGAAAAACUAAGAAAAAAAGCUUUACAAUUUUUUUGAUUCGAGAAGAGAGGCAAGAAUGGGUCGGAAUCGGUUUGUUUUUUUCGAAAAAAAAUGAUAAGAAAAAUUUCAAAGCUUUUUAUUCCUAUAUCUCCAAAACUUCGUUCAAAAAUUGGUACUGCUUUUGACUCUAUUUUAAACGACGACUGCUGAUUUUUGAGAGGUGAAUUUUGAUAAAACUGAAAAAAGCCCGUAAUUUUUUUUAAACCUUUCAGCACAAUAACAUUUUGGCUUCUUUUCAAUCGUUGAUUAAAAUUUUGAAAGAAGUAUAGCCGGGUUUUGGGUCUUGAAGCGUAGAGUUGUCUCCGGGCUUGUUUUAGGUUUCAAAAAGGUUUCGCAGUUUUUUUUUAAACAUGUAAGUUUUAAAUGUAUCUAAAAAGCGUUACAAAUUUCAAAAAAAUAAUCCAAAAGUAUCUAUUCCUACUUUUUAACAUUGUCGCUUUCCCGACUACUACUCUCAAGUCUUUAUCACCAAAAUCUACUUGGAGUUGACCACGAGUAUCGAUUUUCCAUAGAGGGCUAUCUUUUAUUUUUGCGCCCCGUGGUCACAUGCCGCGCUUUUUAUCAGCCUUUCUCUUUCGUUUCUUUAUCACUUGGAGCUGGCUCGCGGCGUUUCGCAAAGAAAUUUCAAGUACACAUAUACCGUAGUCAUGGAAAUUUCGCGAGUUGUUUCCCAAGAACGUUGGGAGCUGAGUCAUUUUGCAAAAAAAGUGAAUAACAAUUCCAAAAAAAUGUUUUGUACUAUUUAAAGUAGAAAAACUUAACAAGUUCGUGUUACCUGGGAUUUUCAAAGUGCUGAAUCAUCCAAAAAUUGAAUAGCAAAUGAAUUUGCACUAAAAUCUUAACCAAAGAUGAACUUUCGGUCUGCUUAGCUCAAAGUAGAAGUUUGCCUGUUUCUCAAGCUUUCUGAGGACCUGAGUCAUCCAAAAAUGAAUGAAAAGUCGAUUUGCACUAUAAGAUUUUAAUUAGUUCACCUUAAAUGUCUGUCCUAAGAAACAUCAGAGAUGAUUCACCUUGAAAUUUCAAUCAAGGCUCCUAAAGUAUGAAGUUCCUAUUAGGUUUAAAGGCGAUGAAGCGGAAACACUACAAAAUUUUUGAUUAAUUUUGAGAAAAGUACAGAAAAUUGAGGAAAAAUAUUGGACUUUAAGGGAUUAUUUGUUUUUGUUUCUCAGUGAUGAUGAUGCGUAUCUACAAUGUUAUAAAAAAAUAGGAAAAACAAAUUCCUGAGUGGACUAUUCAAAAAAAAAUUUUUUUGAGUUAAUCAGCUUCUGAUGGUUGUAAACUUGAUUGAAUAAAGUCCACCGAGUCUUAAAAGCCUUUUAUUGGCUAGAUACAUCUCACAGAAGCAAAAAAGCUUUUUUUUAAAGAUUAAUUUUCCACAAAAAAAAAAAACCAAUUUCGUGCGUUUUAGGGAAGAAUCGCAAGAAGAGAUGACCGAGGCGGCAAACGUCCUGGCGGUCGACGAGGAGAUGGACAGUCGCGACCGGACAGUUUCGAUUUGCGACGAGCCGAUGGACGAAGACGUCGACGUCGACGUCGUCGAGACCAAACCGCGCUCCUCAACUCUUUGA